GGGUGGGGCCCCCUGCCCCGGCCGCGGCAGCUCAGUUUAGUAGCUGUGGCCACAGCAAACGGAGCUCGUGACCGCGGUGGCGGGGGGAUGGCGGAGGCGGAGCUGCCCCCGGCCCCGGUCGCGGCCUGCGCCGGCACCGAGCGAGCCCUGGAGGAGGCGGCGGCCUCGGGUUCUCUCAGCCUGGCCGGCCGCCGCUUGCGCGUCUUUCCCGGCGGCGCCGCGCAGCGUUGGGACCUCAGCGACACCACCCAGGCCGACCUGUCACGGAACCGGUUUGCAGAGGUGCCGGUGGCUGCCUGCCAGCUGGUGGCCCUAGAAGGGCUGAGCCUCUACCACAACUGCCUGCGUAGCAUUCCACCUGCCAUCGCCAACCUUCAGGCUCUCACCUACCUGAACCUCAGCCGCAACCAGUUGUCCUCGCUGCCUGCCUGCCUGUGCCGCCUGCCCCUGCGUGUGCUCAUUGCCAGCAACAACAAGCUGGUGGUGCUGCCUGAUGACAUCGGCGCCCUGCGUGCCCUGCGCCAGCUGGAUGUGAGCUGCAACGAGCUGCAGGCACUGCCGCGUGGCGUCGCAUUCCUGGCUGCGCUGCGGGACUUGAACCUGCGCCGCAACCGCCUGGCCAUCCUGCCCGAAGAGCUGUCGGAGCUGCCCCUUGUGCGCCUGGACUUCUCCUGUAACCAUGUCUCCCGCAUCCCUGCCAGCUACCGGCACCUGCGCCACCUACAGACCAUCCUCCUGGACAACAACCCCCUGCAGUCGCCCCCCGCCCAGGUCUGUCUCCGAGGGAAGUUCCACAUCUUCAAGUACCUCAACAUCGAGGCCUGUGGCAAGGCAGGGCUUGACCCCAGCAUUCGGCCCAAUGGGCUCCCCGAUGAGUUCUACCCGGCACGGCCCCAUGGCGGCCUUGACUCUGGCUUCAACAGUGUGGACAGCGGUAGCAAGCGCUGGUCUGGCAAUGAGUUGGUGGAGGAGUUCUCGGAACUGUCCUUCCGUGUGGCCGAGCUGACGCGGGACCCCCGGUUGCCGCGGACCUGUGGGACAGCCCUAGACACUGACCUGGAGCAGAUUGACUUCAUCGACAGCAGUGUGAAUGGGGAGGAGGAUGAGGAAGCCAAGCCCGAGGUGCGCCCGGACAUCUGGGUUCUCUGGGAGGGGAGCAGGGCACUGGGAGCCUGCAUACCUGGGUCGCACGCCUUGCCUCUCACCCUGCCCAGGCCUGCCCCCCCCCGCGAAGACCCCCCUGGUGAGGAGCGGCGUCGCCCCGAGACCCUGCAGCUGUGGCAGGAGCGUGAGCGGCAGCAGCAGGCGUUGGAGACGCGCAACAGCUUCCGGAGGAUGCCCCGCACCAGCUCUGGCCUCGCUCCUGGCAGCAGUCUGGCAGAGAGUGGCUGGCAGAAGCCUCGGACCCAGGGACCAGAGCAGCCUCCCAGCCCCCCACAAGCCCCUCGACUGCAGGAGCCACCCCCUAGCACCAGCCCCGUGUCCCGGGACCCUGGCCCUGCCCCUGCCCCUCGGCCCAGCAGCUUCCUGUUUCGCUCGUCCUCCCGCAGCACUGUCCGGCCCAGCCUGGCAGCUGCAGCUCCUCCAGACCCCACCCCAGACCUGGAUGAGAAGGAGUUAAUGGCUCAGCUGCGCCAGGCCAUCGAGUCGCGGGUGCGAGUAACGCUGGGCGAGGACCUGGGGGCAGCGCUGGCCAAUGGGGCGGUGCUGUGCCAGCUGGCCAAUCAGCUACGGCCCCGCUCUGUGCCUCUCAUCCACGUGCCCUCCCCUGCUGUGCCAAAGCUGAAUGCUGUGAAGAGUCGCAAGAACGUGGAGAGCUUCCUGGAGGCCUGUCGGCGAAUGGGGGUCCCCGAGGAGCUGCUGUGCCAGCCCCAGCAUGUGCUGGACGAGGAGAGCCCAGCGCGCCUGGCGCUGACUGUUCGUGCCCUCCUGGAGGCCACCCAGACCCUGCCCCAGGAUGCUGCCCCCCGGAAGGUGUAGGGUUUGGGGGACCCACCACUCCUCUCUGAGGGGCCUCUCUACCCUGCUGGGUGAGGCCAGGCCCCAGCCUACCUCCUCCCCCCCACUGGGGGGACCCCAACAUGGGGGCCAGGGGAGGGGGGAAUGAUUUCCCCCCAUCAUGCCCCAGCUCUCUCAGGGACUGUUUGCUGUAGAAAAGAGCCAUUGUGAUGUCAGU